GAGAGAAAACACGCAUUCUCCAGUGCUGCUAUAGAUAACUGUAAAAGUUUCUUAGAAAUAAAUCUGUUUAAGAAUACGCCUUUUUGUUUUUUAAUCUUCUUACGGUAAUAAAAAGACGUUUGAUUCUUUUUGUUUAGUGCCGAUCAUCCGUAUUUUAAUUCCAUGGAAUCAUUCGAACCAGCUGAAGUUUUAUUAAAACAGUGUGAACCUCUGGUACCAACGCCAUUAGAGAAGACAAAAUAUGUUUUUGUCCAUACUGUUGAUGAAAUGAAAGAUAUGAUAAAUCAUAUUGAAAAUCAACAAGAAUUAGCCAUCGAUUGCGAAGGUCACACUUAUCAUUCGUACGAAGGUAUAACCUGUUUACUUCAAAUAUCAUUCCGAACAAAUGACUUUAUUGUUGAUACAUUAGUGUUGAGAAGAGAAUUACACUCUCUCAUCGAUGUUUCCACAAACAGAAAAAUUGUCAAGGUAAUUGGAAAAGCGUUUCUGUCAUCUCUUUACAGCAGCUUUUCUUUGCAUGAAUGAAUUUUUAUAUGCUCACUUAAUGUAGAAAAUCAGUGGUGCGUUUACCGUCUGAACCGGUAAUAUGCUUAUUAGCUAGCUCUUUCGCCACUGAAACUUUUAAAUCAUUUCAAAUAAUUUUUAAUUCUGAAUUAAUUUAAAUAAAUUCGAAAAUGUAAAAUAGUUUGAAAGUUCAAUUAAUCUCAAUUAAUUUUUUUGCAAUUUGAUUUAAAUGAAUUUAGUAAUAAGCCGAUAUAAACUAAUCGGUAUGAAAUUAUUUGGAAACAAUUUUUUUGCUCAAAUUAGUUUGAAUAAUUUUCUUUCAUCCUAGUGGUCACCAACUUGGGACUAAUAUCAUGUAGAGUAAGGAUAUCUUAAAGUAGAACGCAAACGAAUCACAUCACUACAUCUGCGAGAAAUGAAGGUUUUUUGCAAAACCUGCUGUAUGGUCGGGGAAUCUUUAUGGUAUCUGUAAAUGCAUAUCGCAGACAGAAAAACAUAUGUAUAAAGUUUGAGUGAGUUUGAUGCUUGAAAAAUUUUGAAGAACUUAUUCCGACACCAUCUCCAUGGAAAAUGAAGUAGCUUGCACAUGAAUUUUGUUUCUGAUUUGUUUGAUCACUUGUUCUCAUUUUCAGCCUUUUUCUAGUAUAAGAAAUUUACCCAUCUUAUUCUUCUUUGUAAUAAACAAAUUAGGUGUUAUAUAAAGACAUUCUUUAAGAAGCGGACGUCCAUUUUGUGUCUCCAUUAUAGAAGUUUUCUGGUUUUGUUUCGGCACGGAACAAUUCAACAAAGCAAAAACAGUUUACUAAGACCGUCAAAACCAAGGUUUAAGUAUCUUAUUUCAUAUACAGUAUGAAUAUACAUCACCCAGACCAGUCUUAAAAGUGAGUAUUUUAUACAGCGUUUUCACUAUCUACGAGUUACUCCUGAAGUAUUUCUAAGAUUUUUAGUAGCGGUGAGCCGUAGAGAGUUCAUUCCUUUAUUGUUUAAAAGAGGAAAAGAAACUACAUGGUCUGAUAAUCACUGAUAGCUGAACCUUUUAGCCAUGUUAAACAUUAACCAACACCCUAAAAAGUAUGCCAAGUUGAUCUAUAUGGUUCUCCUAGCCUAAUGAUAAGAUUUUUGGUCGAAAAAAACGACUUGGUGUUCUUUUAAAAAGAUUUAAAAAAAACUAAUUGUUUUCUCAUAUCGUACCUAUAGUAAAAGAACUAUUUUCUAGUUUCAACGUGAAGAUAUAUAGACAUAUCAUAUGCCAUCAGAGAGAGCCCAUAAAAUUGACUACGAAACCGCUACUUUGGAUUUUUACAAAAGUUAUUUAUUAUAUUUCUUAUCCGAUUUGAUUUCCUAAAUUACGUCCUUGUGCAAAUGGAACACACAAGUCGUUUCUGCGAUCAAAAUCCUUUCAUAGUACAUAUGCAAACAAGGGGAAAAGUAAUUCAAUUAUAGAGAUCAAAUGCAUCGCUUUUAUUUUUCCUUGCUUUUGAUCUCACUGCUUUAUGUUACCAUUAUUGUUGACAAUUCUGUUCGGAACAAUUAUUUGAUUGAUAAUUAAAACAUUUUUUUUAACAUUUCAGAACUGCCAAGAUCUUUUGCUGCACUAUUAGAGAAUAUCAGUGUCGAUGUAUUUCAGUUUGUUUUGAUGAUCAAUGCCAGUUUCCAGUAACACAAGUUUUGUUUUCAUCAUCAGAUAUUCAACCUUGAGCCGAUGGGCGGGCCGGGAAGGGAGGCACUCAAUUUUUUAGAGUAGUGCGUACACAAACUAUAAAAAAAAAAGAAAUAUAUAUUUCGAAAUAUAAUUUUUCACGGGGCAAUUCAAAUAAAUUAAAUUCAAAUAAAUUUAAAAUUCACCCGAUUCACUCAAAUUCACUUAAAUUCCCAAAAGUUCCCAAAUAUAGUUAGGGCAAUCGUUUUGUUUCAAGUCAGCUAUUGCCGUACACAAGUUUUUCAGAAGUUGCAGAGGAUCUUUGAAAAACUAGUUCGAUUCUCUCAAAACCUAUGGAUUUUUCCUCACAGAUAUAUAGUCCGAAGUGUCCUACAAAACUGCGCCUAAGCGACAUCCUGAAAAUCCGUGGCUCUGCAGCUAUUUUCUGAAGCACUAGCACUCCUCUGCCGUUAGUUGCAGGACUGUCAGAAAUGAAUGAAAACAUAGGUUAGCGAUUAUGCUGCAUCUCGUGGAAUGUUGGUUUUCACAAAAAACUGCAAGAAUCGAGGAAAACCUAUACUAGGUGAAAUAACCCAUUUUUGAUUAUUUUCAUCAAAAAUUAAAAAAUUCAUCACGCAGUCGAAAUCCAUCUAAUCUACUUCAAAAUCUCAGGAAAUGCUCUGUUUUAUCUGCUCAUUCUGAUUCUGUACGUAAAAUCAAUAAAAAAUAUUGUUUUAGCUCCGAAGGUUUCUGGGAAACCGAAGUACUUUCUGAUGGUUUUUUCACAU